AUGUCAGCUACAGUCAAUGAACAUAUUAAACAUGAAAUAAUAAAUUCAAAUACAUCCAUGGAUAAUGAUAGUACUGCUGAAGGAUCAAAUGAUUCAUGUAGUGGUGAAUCUAAUCUGACCAAGUCUAAUAAUUAUGGAUUUGGAUAUGUUACCAAGCAUUUAAAUGAUAAUGUAAACUAUUCAUCAAGUUUCUCAAAUUUGGCAAUUAGAAAUUGGUCAAAAUCCAUAUCCAUAAAAUGUCAAAAUAGAAGAAAUAGUGGUUCACAAAAUAAUAUAAAUCUCCAAUUAACAACAAUAACACUGAAAACUAUACCAAAAUCAAUGCCAAAGACACCACCAUCAUUUCCAUCAUUCUUAUCAACAUCACCAGUAUUGUCACCCUUGUCACCCUCAUCACCUUUAUCAAAAUCACCUAGCAGAAAUGAUUGUAAAAUAAUACAGGAUCACACAGAUUUAUUUCCUGGAAUAAAACCAAUAUUAAACACUUCAAUAGAAGAAUUGAAUCGAGUGUUAGGAUAA